CCUUGUCAGCUAUCCCCCUCUAGUGCCGAGCAUCCCGCACAGAUGCGCGCAGUCCUCCCACCGUAGCCGCCGCUUCAGCCGCUCCUCGCCAGCGUCCCGACCCUUCCUCUCUCCUCGCCGCCUCCCCGCCCCCCCCGCUGCUGCACGGGGAGCCAGCAGAGCCGCCGACGGGAUCUCACGAGUCCGUCACGAAGCGCGCCUCGGACGCGCACUAGAUUAAUAGGGACAUCCUAGCGCAUCCGUCGCCCAGUCCGACAGCGGCGACUGAAGCGCGGCCGUAAAGUUGCUUGGAUGUAAUUGUUUCCCGCCUAGUGUGAAAUUUUAUUUUUGGCUUUAUUUUUUUUUCUCCCCCCGGACUUUAGCCGAAUUCCACGCGUUCCACUCCUCGCCUUCGCCUGCAGGUAAAGGAUGGACCAGCCGACAGUUCUCUCCAACCGAGAACAAAUGUGAGAACCAGCACCGGUGCCGCGCCGCUCUCUGACCACCUCACCUCAGACAGAGACCGAGGCUGCAGCAAACAUGAGUUCUGGGAACCGAUUUUCGCUCGUCUCACUUUUUCUUGGGAUUGCCCUCUGUCGCCUCACCCACGGCAACCAAGUUGUGCUGCUGGAUACGACGUCUGUGCUCGGAGAGCUCGGAUGGAAGACCUAUCCCAUCAACGGGUGGGACGCCAUCACUGAGAUGGAUGAGCACAACCGGCCCAUUCAUACUUUCCAGGUCUGCAAUGUGAUGGAGCCCAACCAGAACAACUGGCUUCGUUCCAAUUGGAUCUCUCGACAGGCGGCGCAAAAGAUCUACGUGGAGCUUCGCUUCACUUUGCGUGACUGCAACUCCAUCCCUUGGGUGUCCGGCACCUGUAAGGAGACCUUCAACCUCUUCUACCACGAGACCGACGAGGCUCACGGGGUCAAAUUCAAGCCUGCGCAGUACACAAAGAUUGACACAAUCGCUGCUGAUGAGAGCUUCACUCAAAUGGACCUCGGAGAUCGCAUCCUGAAACUAAACACCGAGGUGCGAGAGGUGGGACCCAUCACCAGGAAGGGCUUCUAUCUGGCCUUCCAGGACAUUGGCGCCUGCAUCGCCUUGGUGUCGGUGAAGGUUUACUACAAAAAGUGUCCGUUCACGCUGAGGAAUCUAGCCUCGUUUCCAGACACGGUGCCUCGUGUGGAUUCUUCCUCGUUGGUGGAGGUGAGGGGGGCAUGCGUCGACCACGCUGAAGAGAGAGACACCCCCAAACUCUUCUGUGGCGCCGAUGGCGACUGGUUGGUUCCCUUGGGAAGAUGCGUCUGCAGUGUGGGGCAUGAGGAGAUUGAUGGCUCCUGUGUUGCGUGCCACCCAGGCUUCUACAAGGCAUAUGCAGGAAACAUCAAGUGUUCAAAGUGCCCUCCACACAGCUUCAGCUACGGAGAGGGAGCAGCUAUCUGUCGCUGCGAGAAGAGCUUCUUCAGGGCCGACAAAGAUCCUCCCACUAUGGCUUGUACUCGUCCCCCGUCUCCUCCCCGUAACUUAAUGUUCAACCUGAACGACACCUGUCUGAUGCUGGAGUGGUCCCCUCCCAGCGACACCGGGGGCCGCCGGGACCUCACCUACAACGUCCAGUGCAAGCGCUGCGGCCCGGAGCCCGAGCGGUGCCAGCUGUGCGAGGAGGAGCUGCGCUUCCUGCCGCGGCCGCUGGGCCUCACCAACGCCACCGUCGCCGUCGUGGACUUCUCGGCGCACGCCAACUACACCUUCGAGAUCGAGUCGCUCAACGGCGUGUCGGACCUGAGCUCGUUCCCGCGCCAGGUCGCCGUCAUCACCAUCAGCACCGACCAGAGCGGUCCAUCUUUGGUUGGAGCCCUGAAGAAGGACUGGGCGUCUCCCAACAGCAUCGCUCUCUCCUGGCAGCAACCUGAGCAAACAGCACUGCCCAUCCUUGAUUAUGAGAUCAAAUAUUACGAAAAGGAACACGAGCUGCUGAGCUACUCAUCCACCCGCACCAAGGCUCCCAGCGUGAUCAUUUCAGGUUUAAAACCAGCGGCCUGGUACGUCUUCAGCGUCCGCACCCGCACGCCAGCUGGGUACAGCUCCUACUCCCCCAAGUAUGAAUACGAAACUACAGGGGACUCAUCAGACAUGGCUUCCGAUCAAGGCCAGGUUCUGGUCAUCGUCACAGCAGCGGUCGGUGGCUUUACCCUCCUCGUCAUCCUCACCCUCUUCCUCCUCAUCACCGGAAGGUGUCAGUGGUACUUUAAAGCCAAGAUGACGUCCGAGGAGAAAAGGAGGACCAGUUAUCAGAACGGACACGUUCCUUUCCCAGGUAUAAAGACCUAUGUGGACCCUGAUACGUAUGAGGACCCGACUCAGGCCGUCCAUGAGUUCACCAAGGAGAUCGAUCCAUCCAGAAUCCGCAUCGAGAGGGUGAUCGGCGCUGGUGAGUUUGGCGAGGUGUGCAGCGGGCGCCUAAGAACGCCGGGAAAGAAGGAGAUCGCCGUGGCGAUAAAGACACUGAAAGGCGGCUAUGUGGAACGCCAGAGGCGGGACUUCCUCCGCGAGGCAUCGAUCAUGGGCCAGUUUGACCAUCCCAACAUCAUCAGGUUGGAGGGAGUGGUCACCAAAAGCAGGCCUGUGAUGAUUGUGGUGGAGUAUAUGGAAAAUGGAUCACUGGACUCCUUCCUGAGGCAACACGACGGUCACUUCACUGUCAUCCAGUUGGUCGGCAUGCUGCGCGGCAUCGCCUCGGGCAUGAAGUACCUGUCAGACAUGGGCUACGUUCACCGGGACCUGGCGGCGCGCAACAUCCUGGUCAACAGCAACCUGGUGUGUAAAGUGUCAGACUUCGGCCUGUCGCGGGUCCUGGAGGACGACCCGGAGGCUGCGUACACCACCACGGGCGGCAAGAUCCCCAUCCGAUGGACGGCACCUGAGGCCAUCUCGUACAGGAAGUUCUCCUCAGCUAGUGACGCGUGGAGCUACGGCAUCGUCAUGUGGGAGGUCAUGUCGUACGGGGAGCGGCCGUACUGGGAAAUGUCUAAUCAGGAUGUGAUUCUGUCCAUCGAGGAGGGCUACCGGCUGCCGGCGCCGAUGGGCUGCCCCGUGGCCCUGCACCAGCUCAUGCUGCACUGCUGGCAGAAGGAGAGGAGCCAUCGGCCCAAAUUCACUGACGUGGUGUCUUUUUUGGAUAAACUGAUCCGCAACCCCAGCAGCCUGCUGCCUCUGGUGGAGGACAUUCAGAGUUUACCAGAGUCUCCGGGGGAGGACAUGGACUACCCGAUGUUCAUCUCCAUCGGCGACUGGCUGGACUCCAUCAAGAUGAGUCAGUACAAAAGCAAUUUCAUGGCAGCAGGCUACAACACGUUGGAUUCGGUGGCCAGGAUGAGCAUUGAAGAUGUGAGGCGUAUUGGGGUGGAGCUGAUCGGCCACCAGAGGCGGAUCACCAGCAGCGUACAGACCCUUCGUCUUCAGCUGCUGCACGAACAGGAGAAGGGUUUCCAUGUAUGAGGGCGCCCUUUAACACAACCUGGGUCGGACAGACAGACGGACCAGACGCAAGCGAAGUCUAGACCACGGGACAGACAGUCUACAGCCUGUGCCUGAGUCUGAAGCCCUCGAACAGGAGGGCAGUGGACAGACCUCCACAGCAGACUGGCCCCUGGUCUCCCUCACAUCCAGUAGUGACUUUUUUCUACUAUCCACCCCGUCCCCUCCUCCUGUCAGACUAUUAAAGCCUGAUAGACUUUACAGACUCUCCCAGGCCCUCGUUUAGGGGAAUGUAAUGCCUUGUUGCAGCAGCAGUACUUUGUGUGUGGAGCAACAAUAACUAGAGACGUAGAUUUGCAAAUAUAAUCUACUGAAGACUUUUCGUUCUUUUUUCUCCUUUUUGGUUGUGUUCUCGCUCCGAGUUAUGUGCUCAAGUAGCUGCUAUCAGGUGUGCAAUCGAAAUCGUUUUUUCUUUUUUGCCUUUUGAAAAAAGGAAAAGAAUCUAGCUUUAUUUUGGAGUUUGAUAAUUUAUCACGGAGGUAUUAUUCGCAUCGCUUUAGUUUACCCUCUCUCCAGAGAAUCUGGUACGCUAAUACUUGAAGAAAGAAGCGAAGCAGCAAGCUAUGGGGAUUUCUUGAAUGUUUAAAAGUGUAUAGAUAAUGAAUCAAUAAUUAUUAUCAUAAUCUAAUAUCUAUAUGUGUGCAGUCCUGUAUGUGAAAGCCCUAGUAAAUCUGGAUCUUAUUUAAAAUGUUUAAUUUAGAGAUUUGUAUCCAAAAUCAGCAAUACAGUAUUAUGCAGUCACCUCAGUAUCUCAGAGAGAGAAAAGAAAAGUGCAAUGAAAGAACUGUUGUUGGCAUAUACGUAAGCUUGAGGCUCACACAACAAACGCAUCCACCUGCUUUUCUUGUCAUAUGCUCAGCUUGCAAAACUGGAUAUGUUUGUUGCCUUCAGACGAAUAAGCAUCCAAGUGUGUUCUGACCGCUUCCAGCAGCCGGUGGACCCGUCGGCGCGCGAGCGGCCGGAUCCGUUUUUUAGUUUUAUCGAAUGUUAUGCGUUGCCUGAAAGUACACGACAAUAGCCACUGUCUUAACAUAUGAAUGUUCACAGAUCUUAGAUACUGUACAGAUAGGAGUUGUUUGAAUCAUGGGCUCAUCUGGUUCUUCAGAAGUCAUUUCAUUCAUAUCGCCGUUGUUGUUUUUGCCUGCGCACAUUAAUACAGUUUUGCACCAGUGGGACAAAGUGGAUGCGAGAUGCCAGAGCAGUAAUAAUCCACCUCAGAUGGAUCUCAGAUCCCUUAACUCUGUGCUGACAUUGUGGUCAUGUGAUGGUUGUGGGCAAGUCUGUGUACAUAAUUGUAGUUUGAAGUGAAAACUGUUGGAACUGCAUUAGAUGAUGUCAUGUAUAGCGAUGUUCACCAUUGAAACCAUGGUCAGGAUGUUCUGCAGAGUAGAACUAUUUAGAAGAGUUAGGGCAGCAGAAGUAGCUGAAACCGUGUCCGUGGAAACCGGCGAGGGGAGACAGUAGUGUUAGUUCAGGGGCAAAGCGAUUAA